AUGACCUUGGGAAGGACCCUGUUGCCUGGCUCAGAUGGUGGAACGUACAGUAAAGCUGAAUACCGACAUCAGAGCUCCUUAAAGGGUGCCAGUGGCAUGCCUCCUGUCCCACACAACCCACAGCAUGACAUCAGGGCCUGGGGUGAUGGCCAGGAGGCAGCCCAGUGUGAGAAGACUGGUGCCCACUGCUGGCCUCAGGCCACACCAACUCUUCCAAAGAAGUCUGGGAUCUUUCCCCUUUCUCUGCGGUUUAUACUUGGAGCUCCAGCGACAGAAGUAGCAGGUCUGCUUCCUGGUGGACAUUUGAGGCAGAGCACCUUUCUCCAAUUCCAGAAGCUGCCUAAUGUCCCCCGUGACCCAGGAGGAAUUGCGCGACCUGGCAGGCCAGAGUCUACGCUAAAAGAAAUAGAUGCUCCUGAUGAAACCUUUGGAAGUUCAGAUAAUCAAAAUGAAAAAUCACCUAUAAUCACAUUGCAGAGGUUUUGCCAACCAUUUUAA